AUGAUUCAAAGACAAACUAGCGAUUUUACUGGAAGUAAUUCACAUCUUAGCGUCCUCUUCGGACCGAUUACGGUGGUUGCAGUGUACCCGACAUUCGCCAUCCUCUGCUGGGAGGCCCCACAGUCUGUUAAAGGAAGUUUUCCUUUUGGAAACAUCCAGUGGAACUACACAACUGAGUGGAAUGGGUCCCACGCCCAUGCAGCAGACCCUCUCCAUCUUUCAUCGGAUGCUUCACAUAUUGCCAUUCCCCUGGUCUACCCUGGCGAGACGGUUUACGUGCGCGUGAUUGCCAAGGGCCAUCUAAAGAACGGCACGGUCGCGUUAGGAUCGGCAAAAAUGUCAUUUUUGGCAACCUGCACGACACCUAUGCCAUGGUUGAGGCCUGGAGCACUCGACAGUCCUCUUUUGUUCGAUGCGUUAUAUAUGUGUGCAAUUGAUUGUAUACCAGCGAUCUUUUCGCAAUACCGUUCUGACAUCGAUCGUAUUGAUGAUAAAGGUUAUUGCAUCCUAGACACGGCUGCCCAUUGCCACAAGCUUCAUGUAUUAUACAAAAAGCCCCAGUCGCCUGCUAGGAGCUCUUCCAUUUACUAUCUCGUGGUGACCAGUAGUGUAAAAAACGAAGGCCGAAGGAAAAGGCUUUCCACUUCUUCUCUUCUAGAAACGCUCCGGGCAGAGCAGGCAGCGGUGUUUUUUUGCGGUGUUAGUGAGCUUGGCGCGAUUGCGGCGAUGAACGCAUACAGCGUGUUUGCAUUCCUAGCUCAACACACCGAAUCGGGCCUGAUGGAGGAUCUGCAGUCAUGCGUGUUUUGCAUAGCGUAUGGUACCGCCCGCCGGUGUUUUACACAUGAGCUGCCUUUGCUUCGCAAUGCUGCGUAUCUUAGUGGUAACGUCCUUUUCUAUUCCGGACUUCCAAGGCGCUGCGAUGCCGCGUCGGGGCUCUCUGACGUUAUGUCUACCGCGGGUGCCACCUCACUGCUUACCAGAGAGCAGGAAGGAGAGCCACGGGGCGUGCCUCUUGGCGUGCGCACAGUCCCUCUACUAAACCCUCAGACGGGCUGCUCUAAACUUUUGCUCGAGAUCUCUAGCAUAGACCCUGUGACUGACGAGGAGCACUUGGAAUGCCUAAAUAUUGCCCAUCAUCUAAACUUAUUAUGCGAGCUAGUACUGCCUCAUAGUUCUCGUGGUCUUCUCGCGCCGUACAUUCAUAGUGUACGCUAUCGCGUCAUUGAUAUUGCGACACUUCUGUUAGAUAUUCAGGGCCAAAAUCUUCAAUUCAACCCGUUUGUUACCGGCGUAUGCUGCUCGAGCGGCUUCCCGUUGGUGAUGACUACACGAAGUUUUUCUUCCGAUAUCAUCACCGUCUCGAUCUCUUUAAUGCAGAUGGUCGUGCAGCCAGGUCUUCUCUGUGGCAGCUGCGUCGAUCUAUCGAGCGGUAGCCAUUUGUUAGUCCAGCUGCUGGUUCAGACCGACUUGGGAAUCGUAGAGACUGAGACACCCGUUCCGAUUUCCAUACCUUCUGGGAUGAUUGAGCUCAUGCGUCACGCAUGUGACACUAAAAGCGAUUUUUCAGCUUGGUUGACAGGGCUUCCGUCUGUUUUCGUGGAUGCCAGUGUUAAUUGGUUGCCCUUUAUUGUUGGCAGUGGCACUCGUGUUGUGCAUGCAGGCAGCGCGUCAAGCCAAGGGGACCGCAUUAAGCAGAAACUGAGCAGCCUGUCUUCGGUAGCAGAGCUGUCUUUCCACUAUGCGUGUCACCAGCAACAAACUGAGGGAGGGUUCUUAGCCUUUGUAUCUGCUGUUGCUUCCAGGUUUAUGAGGAAACCUGACCCGGAAGUGGCGGGGCUUCUUAUCUUGUCUUCACCCCCUCAACUCAAGGAGGCUAUCUUUCUCAGUCAAGUACUUGGAGCAUACAAUGAGGGUAAGGCGACGCGUCUGACAGAGUUUUUAUCGCAUAUGUCCUCCUGGAAGAUGCGAAUUUUUCGCGGUUUACCUCAUCUCAGUGAUGCGACCUACGAAAUGAUCCUGCAGCGUCUGCUUCUCUUGUUUCAGGAGGUGGAUGCCGCUCAUGAGCUGUCAUUGGUAGGUAUGGAGCUUCUGCUCUAUGCGAGUGUGCUUCAACAUCUUCGCAGUAGCGAUAGCAACAUUGGCUCAGUAGAAGGCCAUCUCUAUCCUUGGAUCACGGACACCUUAUCCUUUGAGAAAUUUUACGAGCUGCUCUGUCCACUUUUUCUUCCUUAUUGCUCCUUGUCGGGCGACAUUGAGGCUAAAAUGGUGCGUGAAGUGAGCCAACUGUGGAGCAUUUGUUUACUUCUGGAACUACGAUGCGUGCAGGCUCUUAUUCAUGUGGCAGCAGUAACCGGUUGCCAUGGAAGUGGACGGUCUACGAUUAUCAACACCCUUUUUUCAACACUUUUAGAUUCAAGAGUGGUUCGGAGCAACAAAGAGGUUGUAUUGCGGCAGAUCGACGGAGACGAAUUGGAGCUUAUGCAGCAGGUUCUGGGCCUCGGCAUGUCAACUACAGUGUUUAUCGUGGGGGAGCUUUCUGAUUUCUCUGGUACAGAAUUUUCCUCAAUUGUGCACACCGUACAGAGUAGUGUAAAGGACUACGGACGGCAAAAAGUUCAACUUGUAGUGUCAAAAGUAGAUGAACAUCUACAACACUAUGGAGCGAUAAUGCAAAGCGAGUUGCUUUCCCUAAAUAACUGCAAGGAGGCUGAGAUAUUUGAAGCGGCGCGGCACGCUCUAGACGCCAUGGCUUCUGCGCUGCCCGCUCACAUCCAGGAGUCUGUCUUAGCUCUGUCAUUGCUCCCCUCUCCUUUAUGUAUUCGAAGCCUCUUUCAUCGCCUCGGCGGGCGUGAGGUCCAAGGUGAGGAUCUGUUUGCCUCUGCACUGGUGCAUUUUUCUCGUCAAGCACUCCUUCACGCCAUCACUGAGGGCCUUCAACUGGACACUAGCCUAUGA